AUGCUCCGAAAGAGCAUUGCUAAACUGGCGUCUGUGCCCAAUGAAUUAGUUGGAGCAGCUGGACGUCGUUAUCAGUUUAAGGAGCUGCUUCAAGAGCGCCCAUUGCUUGGUCGUGUUUGGUUGGCAACAUCCGGACAAGACCAGUAUAUCUUAAAAGAUAUCCCCGAAGACAUUAUCUCUAACUUCAAUGAGAAGAUUCGGCCCCAACUUCGUGACAGCCCUUACAUAAGGCUUCCGUUGGACACCAUACCGGACCAGCGUGUACUUAUAUAUAAAUAUCUCACCGAUGACUUCUUAAGCCUGGUUAGGAAGAAGAUCUCGAUGCGAGCGAGGGAGAAAAUCCUCCGGGAUAGUCUGCAAGGCAUUGCUGAAUUGCAUGAUCACGAAAUUGUCCAUCUUGAUAUUAAGCCGGACAAUAUCAUGGUCACCUGCAGCCAUACCGGCCAAGAAACGACAGUUGAGCAGGUUCAAGUUACGGACCUUGAAAACGCCGCCCACCUUCCGAAAGUUAGAUGUAUGAAAGGGAUGCUGGCCGGCAACGAAAAUUGGCGAAGCCCCGAGGCUCACUUCAAGGGCGAGCUUAAUAAACCGACUGAUAUGUUUUCAUUUGGGAUCAUGUGUAUCUAUGCUCUGCUCGGCCGAGUUAUCCUCGGCGCUGAUGACGAUUUACAAAAACACGUUGCACAGGGCGCCUUGCCUUUUCCCAUCCGCCUGCAACGUCAAGUUUCGUAUUUUGGUAACCAGGAAGGAGUUGAGGGGCUCUUGAAGCAUAUUGGUGACGAUGGCAUGUUACCGAUGCUUCCCGGCGGCGGCAUCAAUCCCGGCGAGCAACAUGAGAUGGCCGUCUUGCGAGAAAUGCAGGAGGAGACGGGCGGGCUUGUCAAGAUACGCAGCAAUCUCGGAUGUGUUGCCACGACUGAAGAAUACCGCAAUGACCUGCACCAGAUGUCAUUCGGCUAUGUUGCCGACGUUGUGGACGACUCUGGCAGUCCCAGUCUCACAGAGGACGAGGUCAACGAUGGACUUGGUCACUUGUGGCUGUCGGUUGACGAGGCGAAGACCAGGAUGACUGAGGCAGAACCGAGAUCGGAAUUAGGUCUCUAUAUCAAGGAACGGGAUAUUUACCUUCUCGAUGAAGCGAUAAAACGUACGGAGGAGGGGAGAGCUUGA